CCGAAAGGUUGUAGGGCAAGAGGGUGUCUCCCCCAAACUGCCGGACCCUCCUUCAGCCUCUACAUGGACUAUAAUAGGAUGAAUUCCUUUUUAGAGUACCCACUUUGUAAUCGGGGACCGAGCGCCUACAGCGCCCCAACCUCCUUUCCCCCCAGCUCAGCUCCGGCCGUUGACAGCUACGCAGGGGAGAGCCGCUAUGGUGGAGGGCUGCCCAGCCCAGCGCUCCAACAAAACUCGGGGUAUCCUGUCCAGCAGCCACCUUCAUCCCUGGGGGUGUCCUUUUCCAGCUCCGCUCCCUCGGGGUACGCCCCAGCGGCCUGCAACCCCAGCUAUGGGCCGUCUCAGUACUAUUCUGUGGGUCAGACGGAAGGAGAUGGAGGCUAUUUUCAUCCAUCAAGCUACGGAGCCCAGCUAGGGGGUUUGCCCGACAGCUACGGAGCAGCGGGUGGAGUGGGCCCAGGGCCGUAUCCUCCGCCGCAGCCCCCUUACGGAACUGAGCAGACCGCAAACUUUGCACCAGCCUACGAUCUCCUCUCUGAGGACAAGGAAUCAUCCUGCUCUUCAGAACCCAGCACUCUCGCUCCUCGGACCUUCGACUGGAUGAAGGUCAAGAGAAACCCACCUAAGACAGCGAAGGUGUCGGAGCUGGGACUAGGCGCUCCCGGUGGCCUCCGCACAAACUUCACCACGCGCCAGCUGACCGAGCUGGAGAAGGAAUUUCAUUUCAACAAAUACCUGAGCCGAGCGCGGAGGGUGGAGAUCGCCGCCACCCUGGAGCUCAAUGAAACACAGGUGAAGAUAUGGUUCCAGAACCGACGCAUGAAGCAGAAGAAAAGAGAGCGAGAGGGAGGCAGGGUGCCUACAGCCCCUUCGGGUUGCCCCAAGGAAGCGCCUGGAGAUGCCUCCGACCAGUCCACGUGCACCUCCCCAGAAGCCUCGCCCAGCUCCAUCACCUCUUGAACUAUCCGGCUUCCAGGGCUGCACCCAGCCCCCUCGUAGACUCUCCCAAACUUCACAGCCCGGGUUAUCCUCCUCAAGGCUGAGCAACCAGUUUAGAGCUGUCUAGGAAACUGGGCAGGAGUGGGAAAACAUAAUUUUUCUCAGAUCUGGGGGUGGAGGGAUGACUGAUAGCUGGAGAUCCUACAGGUCUUGGGAUUUGGGGAGUACCCAGCCAUCAAAGGUGGAGAAAAGGCCUUUUGCCUUUGAUCU